AUGGACAACAACCAGGCAGAGUGGCAGACCGUCUCCCACGCGAGGAAGAAGGCCAAGAAGAUGCCUCGCCCGGGCAAGGGAAACUACCCGGCCCUCAGCUUCUCCUCCGGCGCGCGGCUGCAGUCCAUGCUCAACCUCAAUGGCCUGCGAGACGUCAUCACCUACAUCUUUGCCGACGGCGCCGCCCCCAGCUGGAUCAACGUCAUGCACCGGCCGCAGUUCAGGAAGAUUGUCGCCAUCAUGGUGCCCGGUCUAGAGGAGGCGCUCUUCAAGGAGGGCGUCGACUAUGCCGCGUUUAACGAGCUGAGGGAUGCGUAUGUGGAUGGCGACGAGGACGGAAAUAUCUUUGCAGCCAAGUCCCCGGACGACUACUACCCUCGAAAGCUGGACAAGGACGCUCUGCCGGAGCCGCUGAAGCCUUUCGCCGACAUGUUCCCCCAUCUGUGGCCCGUCAAGACGCCCGGCGACGAAAAGCACGGAAAGCUCAACUCCCCGCUGGCCACGUUCCUCACCGCGCCGCCACCCAAGGAGAAGACGUCACAAAAGGGAGGCGUCAAGCCCGCGAGGGAGCCCCAGGGAUGGAAGAACGAGCGGACGCGCAUCACCGAGUUCCUUGCCUCUGCCGAGGAGCUGACGGAGAACGGCUACCUGAUACAUCCGGCUCUUCUCCCGGAGGGGCAGCGACGAGACGACUUUGUCGCCCCGGACGGAUGGGUCAUCACCAGGGUGGACAAGCUCGAGGACGGCAAUGUCCCCGAGGCCGAGAUCGAACAGGGCAGCAUCACGGCCGGCCGAGAGGUGCUGGCGCUUGACUGCGAAAUGUGCAUGACGGGCGAGAGCGAGUUCUCCCUGACCCGCAUCAGCCUAGUCGACUGGGACGGCAACGUGGUGCUGGACGAACUCGUGAAACCCGACAAGCCCAUCAUCGACUACGUUACGCGGUUUUCUGGCAUCACAGAGGAGAUGCUGGCACCCGUGACGACCACGCUUCGCGACAUACAGAAGAAGCUCCUUGACAUCCUGCAUCCGCGCACCAUCCUCGUGGGCCACUCCCUGGAAUCCGACACCAAGGCCAUCCAGCUCGCCCACCCCUUCAUCGUCGACACCUCCAUCAUAUACCCCCAUCCCCGUGGAGCCCCUCUCAAAUCAUCCCUGAAAUGGCUCGCUCAGAAAUACCUCUCCCGUGAGAUCCAAAAAGGCGGCGCCCUGGGCCACAACAGCAUCGAGGACGCCAAGACCUGCCUGGACCUGGUCAAGCAAAAGUGCGAAAAGGGCAAGCUCUGGGGCGCAUCGGACUCGCAGGGGGAGAACCUGUUCCGCAGGCUGGCCCGCGCCGGCACGGCGUACAAGGCGCAGGGGGGCGACGCGGCCCUGGGCGGCGUUGAGGUCGGCAAGACGAGCGCCGCCGUCGACUGGGGCGACCCGUCCAAGGGCCUCGGCGCGGGAGCCACGCACCAGCUGGGCUGCAGGUCCGACGAGGACGUGACGAGCAACGUCAUCCGCGCCGUCCUCGGCGACGAGGACGGCUCCGUCAUCAAGGCCGGCGGCGUGGACUUUGUCUGGGGCCGCAUGCGCGAGCUGGAAGCCAUCCAGGGAUGGUGGAACAAGAACAUGCCCGACAUGGACCUGGACGCCCUUGAAGACGCCGACUCUGCAGACUCGUCGUCGUCGUCGUCGUCUCCCUUGGAAAAGGCCCUUGCCCGCCUGACGGAGCGCCUCGUCCGCAUCCACGCCGCCCUCCCGCCGUGCACGGCCUUCAUCGUCUACAGCGGCUCCGGCGACCCGCGCCGCAUGGCCCAGCUGCAGCAGGUGCACGCCCAGUGGCGCAGGGAGUACAACACCCCCGGCAAGAAGUGGGACGAGCUCAGCGUCAAGUGGACCGACGUGGAGGAGCAGGCCCUCAAGAGGGCUGUCCAGAAGGCGAGGGCGGGCGUGGGUUUCCUAGGCGUGAAAUAG